AUGUAUAUGCCUUCAUUGUCUCCAAGACUCCACAAUACGUACAAAGCUAGAUGUGUUAGCCUACCGGUUCGGUCUCAUCCGAGUGUUAGGAGGAUUCAAGAAGUGGUCUCCAGGGUUAGAGCUCUGGGGUCAUCUUCGCUAGAGUCGAGGACCAUGGUCCGUGACGGUCUCUCUGGUCUCACCGAACUUUAUAGAUGUUUAAGCGAAGAUCUCUUCAAGUCUUCUUCUGAAACUCAACAAACUCUUCUAAACAGUGGCUUGAUGGAUGAGCUUCUUGAAAUGUCCCUGAAGUACUUAGAGGUUUGUGGGGGAGCUAAAGACAGCGCGUCGAGGAUCAAAAAGAGUGUUGUUGAGCUUCAGUCCGCUUUGAGACGGAGCAAGAAGGGUGGUGAGUUUAGCCUCGAGAAUGACAUGGAUGCUUACAUGGCGUCACGUAAAGAGAACAAGAAGGAGAUCAAGAAGUAUAUGGUGAUGUCGAAAGAGACAGACGCGUGUUUGGAGAGUAGCGUUUGGCGUGGUGGUGAUGAUGAAGAGAUGAGUUCUUUGGUUAGAGUGAUGCAAGAAACAAGCGUGGUCACUUGUUUCGUCUUGCGCACGGUUUUGUCGUUCUUGUCGUCGCCAAAAGGGUUGAAGAGUAAGAGUCAGCAUCAACACAAAGGUUGGGGCAUUGUUAUGAAGCUUGUGAAGAAAGGAAUAGAUCAUCACAAUCAUGAGAAAGGCUUCUCUUGUCUCGAGCUUGAGGCUAUGGAAACUGAAAUAGAGAAGCUCGUUACAAGAGAAGAUCAAGAAGAGGAGAAAGAGAUUAGCGAGGAAAUAAGUGAAAGGAUUCAGUGUUCAUUGGUUAGAUCCAAAGAAGUAGAGGCAGCCAUGGAAGAGCUUGAAGAGGGACUCGAAGGAUUGUUCAAGGUGAUGAUACAAGCUAGAGUCUCUCUUCUGAACAUCCUAUCCACUUAAAUC